GUAUUAGUAAGCUAAUAAUUUUCACAUUACUUCAUUUUCUUAUCAAAUUAAAUAUUUUCAUUAUAAUUACUAUUACUGUCCUUUUUUAACUGAGGAAAUUAAAAGUCCAACAUAUUUAGUAACUUGUCCAAGAAUAUGGAGCUAAUAACUUGUAGGACCAAGAUUCAAAUUGAGCUCAUACUAUAAAAGCAGUAUGUAUCUCUUUUCCCUGUUAUACCGCCUUCUAAAUAGAGGUGGUGUUUUUAAACAAGUCUGAAGCAGGUUAGUCAUUCCAUGAAGUUAAACCUGUCAGCUGAACAGCAGAAACGCAGCAGAUCUAAAACUUGCCUUCCUCCUCUUGUCUUCAUACACUAUAUGGUUCUCUGUGCCCCUACCUCCAUUUCUACCCAACCUGCACACAUAACCACUCCUGGCUCUAGUUGAGAGAAAACCAAAAUGGACACACACCUUCUGUUAUGUUCCCUAAUUUGAUGUAAACCAGUCUAAAAUAUAUUAAGUCACAACACUUCUACUGUAUUCUUCCAGUGUCAAAUAAGAUCAUUUGAGGAUAGCUUUCUCUAUAGGGACCAAGUCCAUAAUACCUUCUUCAGUGGUCACCUAAUUGUAGACCUCAGAGCAGCAGCGGCACCUGGGAAGUUGUCAGAAGUGCAAAUUCUCCACCCUGCCCCAAACCUACUCAAUCAGGAACUUUCUGACUGGGGCCCUGAAUGUGUUCUCCUUCUGUACUUCAAGCCCUCCAGGUCAUUCUGAUACAAACUAAAGUUUGAGAUCCACUGGCACAUUCCACUUCCAACUGUUUCAUAGCUAAACUCUUAAGUCUCAUCUGUGGGGUGAAAGGAGAUUCUUCCUCAGGAUCCAGUUGAGCAGGGACCUUUCUCCAGAUGAAGGUGCUCUGAACUGAGGAGGGUGGCAUUUGUAAUUCAGCCCAUGAAGAGAUGUGUAAACUUAAGGCUUCACGAGGCAUUCUCAUAAGGUCUCCUCCACGAGGGGGGCAGCGGGCUCCGCCCACUUACCCAGCCGCAGAGCAGGUCUCCGUGGAGCCCCGGACCCAUCCAACCCAUUCCGGACACUAAGAGACUACAGGUUCCAGCAUGCCGCGCGCGCACAGACGGCUGCCCCAGAGCUCCCCGCGCUGCCGCAGGGCUCCGGAACCGCACGAGGUUUGUGGGCUGGCGGCCCGGAAGGCAAUGGCAGUGGCCACCACGACGGCGUUUCUGGCCGCCCUGGGCGGGGUGCUCUGGCUGGCCGUCCGGCGGCUCGUGGGGCGCGGGGUACCGCGAUUACACGGAGGCGCGGAACCCGGUCUCAUGCGCGGGAAGACGGUGCUGAUCACCGGCGCGAACAGCGGUCUGGGCCGCGCCACGGCCGCCGAGCUGCUGCGCCUGGGCGCGCGGGUGAUCAUGGGCUGCCGCGACCGCGCACGCGCCGAGGAGGCGGCCGGCCAGCUGCGCCGCGAGCUCGGCGGUCCGGAGGAGGAGGACGCGGCCGGGGCGGGCCAGCUGGUCGUCAAGGAACUGGACCUCGCCUCGCUGCGCUCGGUGCGCGCCUUCUGCCGUGAGCUGCUGCAGGAGGAGCCAAGGCUGGAUGUCUUGAUCAAUAAUGCAGGGGUCUUCCAGUGUCCGUAUAUGAAGACCGAAGAUGGGUUUGAGAUGCAGUUCGGAGUGAACCAUCUGGGACAUUUCCUUCUCACCAAUCUUCUGCUUGGACUUCUUAAAAGUUCAGCUCCCAGCAGGAUUGUGGUUGUUUCUUCCAAGCUCUAUAAGUAUGGAGACAUCAACUUUGAAGACUUAAACAGUGAAGCAAGCUAUAAUAAAAGUUUCUGUUAUAGUCGGAGCAAAUUGGCAAACAUUCUUUUUACUAGAGAGCUAGCCCGCCGCCUAGAAGGCACCAAUGUUACUGUCAAUGUGUUACAUCCUGGUAUUGUACGGACUAAUCUUGGCAGGCACAUACACAUUCCACUACUGGCUAAACCACUUUUCAAUUUGGUGUCAUGGGCUUUCUUCAAAACUCCACUAGAAGGUGCCCAGACUUCCAUCUAUUUAGCCUCUUCACCUGAGGUAGAAGGUGUGUCAGGAAAGUACUUCGGAGAUUGCAAGGAGGAAGAAUUAUUACCCAAAGCUAUGGAUGAGUCGGUAGCGAGAAAACUCUGGGAUAUUAGUGAAGUGAUGGUUGGCAUAUUAAAAUAGCCAAGUAGUAAGAGCUGCUUAUAAAAACAUAUCUAUGGUCAGGAAUGGUGUGAAUUGAAGCAACUUGAAAAAUUUUGGUUCUGUAAUAGCACUGCUAAGAGCUACCUGUGGAUAUGUUGAAGUUAUUAUAAAGUUAUUUUUGGAUAAUUUCUGCAAAUAUGUUUGAAAUACAUAAGUUUAAUGAGCAAUACAAGCACAUUUUAAGUAGUAAUUGGGCAAGUAUAGAUUACAAAUUUCAUAACAAAGUAUCCUGAGAAGGUUAUCAAGUAUCUUUGAGUUUCAUGGCUAAAGUGUUAAGUAUUUCUACUACAAUGCUGAUUUUUUUGUGCGAUUGGGGAGGAAACCUGCCUGGUUUGUGCACCCAACUCUUAACUUGGAAUAAAUUUACUGAUGCACAUUC